AUGGUCGUCUACUCGUUCUACAUCUUCGACCGGCACACGGAAUGCAUCUACUCCAAGACCUGGCUCCCGUCCUCGUCGGGUGACGCGCACCAAGCGGGGGCGGCGCCUCGGGCGUCGACGGCCGACGACGCCAAGCUCAUAUUCGGCACCGUCUUCUCGCUGCGCAACAUGGUGCGCAAGCUGGGCGGCGACGACGACGCCUUCGUGUCGUACCGCACCGCCCACUACAAGCUGCACUACUACGAGACGGCCAGCAACCUGCGCCUGGUGAUGCUGACCGACACGGCCACGCUGAGCAUGCGCAACGUGCUGCACCAGAUCUACAUCAACCUGUGGGUCGAGUACGUCGUCAAGAACCCGCUCUCACCGGUCGAGCACAAGGGCGGCGCGGGCGUGAGGAACGAGUUGUUUGAACUAGGGCUAGACCAGUUCAUUAGGGGGCUAAUGUGAGGGAUUGGAAAGAG